UCUACUCAUUCACCACAAAACGCAUUCCUCCACCUCACGUUGCUUCUUUUACUUUGUUUCUGGACUUUUGGCUCAGAAGAACACUGCAUACCACAUCACCAAAAUUGGGGCUUUAUCACGCUCCUGCCAACCUCUGUCCGUCCGACUACGCAGUCACUCGUCGCAAUGGCCACAGCAACCGAUGAUGUCUUGACGAAGGUGUCCACCGAGGCUGCCACGGAGCUGGUCAACAGUUUCUACCCCGCGCUGAAAAACGACCGCGCCUCCAUUGCCUCUUUCUACCUUCCCACACCCACGAGCAUCCUCUUCAACGGCAACACGGUCGCCGAUGGCGCCGCUGUACAGGACAUCUUCCAAAGUCAGAUGCCCGAAGCCUUCUACGAAGUGCAGUCCUUUGACUGCCAAAUCAUCAACCGCGCAUACCCGACCACAACCGCCACAGGCCUCAAGCCAACCACCGAGAUGACCGUCAAGGACAUGUCCAUCCUUGUCAUGGCCAGUGGAAACGUGCGGUAUGGAGAGAACCGUGACCAGCUGCCGCGCGGAUUCAGCGAGACUUUCGUGCUGGUGCCCAAUCCCAGCUCCGAUCGCAAGCGCCGGCGGGACUGGCUGAUUCAGAGCCAGAACUUCCGUCUGGUGGUCUAGUCUUACUUCUGGUUGGGAUAUUGUGAGAUGGGGGGAAAAAUGCCCAGGGGUGGGUGGAUAUGAUAAUCAUGAGCUGUUACGAUAUUACGAGGUAUCGGAGCCUUUUUGCUCCGUGGGCAUGUACAAAUAG